AUGGUCGUCUUGAAGCUCGCAAAGAUGUUCCUCCUGCCCAAGGGCACCGGACUCAUCCGUUACAUCCCCUACCUCUUCAUCAUCCCCGUCCUCGUCUUCCACGCCCUCGCCUUGACCGGCUGCGUGAGCACCUCCCCGGGGAUCCCCAACAUCUAUGUUGUCUCCCUCCGCUCCGCCGAGCUCGCAAACACAAACAACACCGACCUCGACGUCCAAGUCCGGAUCGGCUACUUUGGCAUGUGCGGCAUCAGCGAAGAGCACGGCACCCUCUGCGGCACCGUCUCGGGCCGCUCCGUCGAGGACCUCUCCUCGACUCUGUUCCCCGCCGCGACCGCAUCAAAUAACACCCUCCUCAAGAACGAAAUCACCGAUCUCAUCACCACCGCUCAGGACCUCCAGACUGAGAUCUUCAUCUCCAUUCUCGCCGGCGCUGCAGUCCUCUUCAUCGCUGGCCUUGUCGCGCUCUUUUUCUUCAAGCAAGACAGGAAGAAGAAUGCCACUGAGUGGUAUGAGCAAGGAAAGUGGAGCAAGAUUGUCAAGCGCGGGACUUAUGGUGCGCUUUUCCUCUCGGCUGCCAUGACGUUUGCCUCUGCGCUUGCCACGAGCCAAAGCGCGGGUGCGCUCCAGAUUACGAGCGCGGUGAUGGAGAAUGCUUCGGUUUUGAUCAAGACUGGGACGACGAUUCAGGUUUUCCAGUGGAUCGCGUUUGGGUUUGGGUUUUCAUUUGCGGCGGUGGUGCCGUUUUUGGCGAAGCCUAGGGAGGAGAGUGGGAGCGGGGAGUAUGUUGAUAAGGAGGGGAAUGUGGUUUGA